AUGACUAAUUCAAAUGAAUGGUGGGAGUUAUGGGACGACAACUAUAGUAUUCCAUAUUAUUAUCAUACUACCACCGGCCAAACGGAAUGGGAUGUCCCGAGGGCAGGAAAUCUUAUAUCGUUGACCAAAGUUCAGCAGAAUUCACCUGUUGGAAAGCGAAUGACAUAUUUAAUUGAAAGUCAAUUACAUUCUACCACCAAAAUCAGUCAGUUUAGUUUUUCAGAAUCGUCGGGGUCACCAGAAUCGACGCCAUCCUCUCCUUCGAAGAAAUCGAUCCGAAGUGAUAACAAAAGCGACAAAUAUUUUGUUGAUAAUGGUGAAUUAUACGUUAAAGAAUACCGAGAGUCAAUUACUUCCACUCGAUUUUCUCUUAAAUCUGUAAAGGUCGCACCGUUACCUUCAUCAGGGGGUGGAGCCACGAACUUAAAAUUUCAUGGUUCCCAAAGUGACGGGGAAAUAAAUGAUAAAUCAGAACAUGAGCAUUGGAAUAACACGGCUUCGUCAUAUCCUGACGAACCGUCAUUCCUCUCAUCUCUUUCUUUGCUACCCCGGUCAUUAAUAGAAUCCGUUUUGCCCGCUAAACUCUCGAUAAUAUAUCAGAAUGAGGGACUUCCUUUCCCCAAGCUUUCAUGCAAAUAUGAUGAUUAUAGCUCUCAACCUACUAAUGACAGUUCGUGGCAAAAUCCUGUCAAUGGAGAAUGCAAAGGAAAUGACGUGGUAGAGAAUAGCGAAAAUAUGGACUGCAUGGACACUAACUAUGAUAAUGGAGGAGAAGUUGAAAGGUACAAGAGAUUUGGAAUUUUGAGAUUAUAUUUUGUGAGGGAUGGAUGGGAAUUUAUCCAAUUAUAUCUCACGUUCUAUCAAUUAGGGAAAAAGGGAGUUUUCAAGAAGGUAGUCCCUGUAGAGAAUAUGUUAUUCUUCCAGAAGGAAAAAAUCAAACAACCGUUGAUAGCCUCGGAUUCUCUGGUGAAACAAGAUGCCAUUAAAUGUUUUAAGUCAAUACAACGCAUAAUGGGCGAUCGGCCCAUGAAGAAAAGACCAUAUCAAGAUGAUCAGUCCUCGACACACUAUAUUUCGAAAUUUUUGCCCUCUACAUUGCCCCAGUCAACGUUAAAGUCACUUUUAGAGAUUCAGUGGUUGUUGAAUAGAGGAAUUCUUAAUGUUGAGCUGAGAGAUGAGAUUUACAUGCAAGUCUUGAAACAGUUGACCAAUAACUUGGACAGCAACAGCGUAAUAAGAGGUUGGGAGCUGCUGUGUGUACUUGCCGUGACGUUCCCUCCUUCCAAGAAUUUCGAACCCUAUCUAUUUUGGUUUGUAAAGGAACAUUUUGACAAUAAGACAAACCAGGUGGGCGUAUAUAGCAAGCAUGUGUUCUCCAGAUUGAAAAGGAUACAUGAAAAAGGAGGUAGAGGUAAAGUGUUAACGUUGAUGGAAAUCAAACGGGAGAUGGAAGCACCAUUCCGCCCGUCCAUAUUUGGAGAAUCUCUCGAGUUCAUAAUGAAAUUACAGGAAAAGACAAAUCCAGGAUUAGAGUUGGAGGUGCCCCGCUUAUUACCAUUCUUAGCACACUCGGUAUUGGAACUAAAGGGACUAAUUUCAGAAGGGAUAUUCAGGGUGCCUGGUGAGGUGGAUCAAAUUACCGAGUUGAAACUUCGAAUAGAGAAUAACUAUUACGACAUCACCGGCAUAACCGAUCCAAAUGUGCCCGCGUCAUUAUUAAAAUUUUGGCUAAGAGAUUUGGCGGAUCCGUUAAUACCAAACGAAUUCUACGACCAAUGCAUUAAAAAUUCGGGGGAUAUUCACUCGUUGAAAAGGAUCAUUCAACAAUUACCGGAGAUCAAUAGAAGAGUGAUUAUAUUCGUCAUCAGAUUUUUGCAGAUCUUUUCAACUCCAUUUGUUAUUAACGAAACAAAGAUGAACGUCGACAACCUUUCAAUGGUUUUUGCUCCAAACUUUUUGAGAUGUCCUACCGAUAGUCUGAUGACUGUGUUUAAUAACGCCAAGCAUGAACAGUCGGUUGUGAGAACACUGUUGACAAGUUUCCGACCGAAUGAUGAGGCAGAUCAUGGAAACUGUGGAUUUAAGUUUGAAGAUUCGUGGGUCUUUUACUCCGAUGACAAGACUCAAAUUUGUCAAAUAGAGCAGGAGGUGGUCAUUCGUGAAUUGGAGGUCGUCGAGAGUAAAUGUUGA